CAACUACCAGUGCCUUCUGCGUCCGUCGGUUCCAGCGUUUCUCCGUCAGCCCCCCGCCGAGCCCAUACAGCCCGGGUCGGAGCCAUGAACUCCGGGUCGGUGGACCUACUCUCCCCGGACGACUCGUUCCUGGUCCGGUCCUCCGUGGUCCGGCUCAGGCUCCGGGCGCAGGCGGAACUAGACCCGCUGCACAUACUGGACUUCUCGGACGGGUUCCUCAUCAAGUUCCUCCGGGCCCGGGACAUGGACGUGGAGCUGUCCCUGAAGCUGAUGCUGAACUACCAGCGCUGGAGGAGGGAGAGCCCUGAGAUCAGCGGCUGUCUGUCGCCGCGCUCCGUCUCCGCGCUGCUCGACAACGGUUACCAUGGCGUCCUGCCGCUCAGAGACCACAGUGGCUGCAGGGUGCUGGUCUACAGGAUAUGUCGGUGGAAUCCUAAGGACUGGACGGCCAUCCAGGUGUUCAGGGUCAGCCUGAUGACAUCAGAGGUCAUCGCCAUGGAGACGGAGACCCAGCAGAGGGGGGUCAAGGUGAUCUUUGACCUGGAGGGUUGGAGCUUCAGUCACGCCCUCCAGAUUAACCCCUCCCUCGCCCGCAAGAUCUCCUCUGUACUCGUGGACUCAUUCCCUCUGAAGGUGAAGGCGAUCCACCUUAUCAACGAGCCGAUCUUCUUCGGGCCGGUCUUCGCGAUGCUCCGCCCCUUCCUGCCAGACAAGAUAAAAAAGAGGGUGCACAUGCACGGCUUCAACUACCACGACUCGCUGACGGACUUCUUCCCCACCUCCCUCCUCCCCCCGGAGUACGGGGGGGAGGGGCCUGGGCUGGAGGGGGUGUGUCAGCAAUGGGCCAAUCGGCUGCUCCAGUCCGAGCGGCUGCUCGAGCAGAUCGCCGCCCACCGCACGGGCGACGUCACCGCCGGCAACCAGAUCACGGGAGGAGAGGAGGAGGAGGAUGAGGAGGAGCCUCAGCAGGAGGAGCAGGAGGUGCACCAUCAGGAGGAGGUGCACUAGCAGGAGGAGGAGGAGGAGCCUCAGCAGGAGGAGCAGGAGCCUCAGCAGGAGGAGGAGGAGCCUCAGCAGGAGAAGGAGGAGCAGGAGCAGGAGGCUGAAAGAAGGUCAUGAGUUAUGGUAUUGCGGCUCCACCCAAACACAAUGUGCAUCCUCUUGUAACUGUCAGUGUCCCUGAGCUGAACUUCACUAACUGGUAUUUCUCCAGUGAAGCCAGUUCAGACAGCCUGCAGAGCCCACUGCCCGCCCAGAUGCUCUGGACAUGAGGUCCCGCCUCUCUCCCCAAUCACUGCCCAGUAGAAGCAACUCAUUCCUGAGAUAAGAGGGGAGGGGUGUAGCACCUAGCACUUAACAUAGCCCUUAGCCCAUAGCAUAGCACAUAGUGUAGCAUGUGAUGUUUGUCAUUGGAACAGAUAUAUGUUGUGCUAAGGGGAAUCUGUUCUAAGGUGUGUGUGUGUGUGUGUGUGUGUGUCUGUGUCUGUGUCUGUGUGUGUGUGUGUGUGUGUGUGUGUGUGUGUGUGUGUGUGUGUGUGUGUGUGUGUGUGUGUGUGUGUGUGUGAUGGUCACCUAGUGUACUAUCCGUCCUAUUCAUAAUAUUAUCAAUAUUAAAUGUGAUAUUAAAUAUCAUUCUUAUAACAUUCUACUCUGUCCCUCUCCUCUUCUCUUCUCUUCUCUUCUCUUCUCUUCUCUUCUCUUCUCUUCUCUUCUCUUCUCUUCUCUUCUCUUCUCUUCCACUCUCCUCUCCUUCUCUCCUCUCCUCUCUUAUUCUGAACAGUUGGAGCCAUGGGUUAUUUAAACGUUUUUGUUUUUUUUAAUUCAAGGUAUUUAAACUGUAUUUAACAGCCAGUAUUAUAGCUUUGAUUUUAGUGUUUUAACUGUUGACCAAAGGAAAAUUGUGAAAUAUAUUACUGGGCGAUCUACUUUUUUAUAAUAGUCUGUUUUAAAUAGUCUAUAUUCAGUGUUCAGUUGUGUGUGCCAUUGGACAUGAUUGAAGACAGUUUAGAAAGGUCACUUUGGCAUUUAAUAAAUAAGUAAUGUUGUA